GUGGUAAAUCAAAUUUACAAGUUCGUGGAAAACUACAAGGUCUAGUUAGAAAAUAUUCUGAUGAAAGUAAAGAAAAGACAGGCAAAGGAACCUCAAAAUGGCCCUAUUAUUCUUUAAUGAAUAAGAUCUUUGGAAAUCGUGAGAAUGUUCAUCCAGAAACUUUGCAUUGUAGCAAUAAUAUCGGUAAUGAAAAAAUUCAACAUGGAAAAAAACCCAAACUAAAUGAGAAUAAUUCAGCAUAUAAUGAAUCCGUGGCAACUAUUAGUGAAAGUAAGAAGUUGUCAGCUAAGAGUAGAAGGCAGUGGAAUGAAGCUCACUCUAAAAUUGAGCAUGAUAAACUUAAAGCAGAAAAAGAUUAUAGAGAAGGGGAUCUAAAAUUACGAAAUUUAGAAAAAUCUAAAAAAGAUGAUAAAGCGUUUGAUGAGAAAAAUAAGAAAAAAUAUAAUGCCGAUAUUGAAAUGGACCUAAUAAAAAAAAAUGUCUCAGGAGAACAAUUAAGUAAAAAAUUAGGAGUUGGUGAUUGA